AUGCCAGCAGGAGAGACGAGACGAGGCUGCAAGGCUGCGCCUGUCUACGACAACAACUACGAUAAUAGACAACUAAUCACUACCGUUCGGAUGGCGGUCAUUCGUUUGCCAUUCCGUGGUGUACAAGGCCUCGAAGACCUAGCAAUACCUGCCGUCACCGCUUUGAUUUCCUUCCUAUCGUACACCUCCCAAUACCUCUUCUACCACAUCGACCCAGCGCCUUUGAAUCGGCGACAAUCUAUCUAUUUCAACGUCUGUGUGCUGGCGAUUUGGUGGUGCUACUAUAAAGCAUGUACUGUUGACCCAGGUCCGAAGGGGUGGGUAGGGGAUGAGAAGGAGGUUGUGGUGAACGAUGGCGAUAGAGCUACGAAUGACGACAAAAUCGAUCAGCAUGAAGGGAUGGGGCAGGGGAGGAAGGGAAUGGCAAAGCGGUGGUGCAAGAAAUGCAACAAAAUAAAGCCACCGCGGGCUCAUCACUGCAAGAAAUGCGCUCGAUGCAUCCCCAAAAUGGACCACCACUGCCCCUGGACCUCCAACUGCGUCUCGCACACCACAUUCCCCCACUUCAUCCGCUUCAUAUUCUACGCCGUCAUCAGCAUGUCCAUACUAGCCUACCACCUAGUUACACGCGCGAUGCUCAUCUGGGACAACCGCGACCUGCCGGCAUACCUCGGCCCACCCAUUUGGGCUCUCGCACACCUGCUUGUCCUCCUUCUAGUUAAUAGCCUUACGCUUCUUAUACUCACUAUUUUGUUGGUGCGUGUGGUAUAUGGGUUAACGAUGAAUAUGACUAUGAUUGAGAGCUGGGAGAUGGAAAGACAUGAAUCGGUGGUGAGCAGAGCGAGGAGGAAUGGGGGUUGGGUAUAUGCGAAUGGAGGGAUGAAGGUUACGGUUCAGAAGAUGGAGUUCCCGUAUGAUAUCGGCAUCUGGAGUAAUAUUGUGCAGGGGAUGGGGACGGGCAAUAUUUUAUUAUGGGCUUGGCCAUUUUCGGGAACGCUGGGCGUGGAGAGUGCGGGGAGUUGGGAAACCAAUGGCUUUGAGGAUGAAGGACAGAUUUGGCCGCCACAAGACCCGGAGAAGAUGUAUCGUGCUCCACGUCCUCCACCUCCAAAACUGGAGGUGAGGGUGUAUGGGAGUGUAGAGGAAGAGAAAGAAGCUUUUAGACGGAGACAAGAGGAUGAUUUUGCCCGUCGCGGGAUGCCUAUCAGAGAUGAAGAGCCUGAUGAUGACAAUGAGGAUGACGAUGAUGAAGAAGAUAGCGGGUACGACGAGGAAGGAAUAGAUGAUGAAGAUGGAUGGAGGAAUUCGGAGGGCGAGCGGCUGAGGGAUUUUGGCGUUGACGAAGAGACGGUGGAGGUUGAAGAAGACGACGAUGACGAUGUACCCCUCGGGGAGUUGCUACGAAGAAGAAAAAGCAGGAUGUAUGAAGAAAUAGAUAGAUAG